AUGGCGCCUCCGGGAGUUUCCCUCACCUCUUUGCCCGAAGAGGUCCUCUCUCAAAUCCUGGCCCGCGCGGAGAACCCCCAAUCUUUGACUGCCACGUGUCGCUCCCUGCUGGCUGCAGCUCACGACGUUCAGACGCAGGCAGAGUGGUGGCAUUUCAAUCAGAGCAAGACAUCUCUUCUGCGUUUGUUCAGAUGGCGCUGGUUGCAGAAUGCGUCGUUACCGCCUGACCAGCUAGAUAAAUUUCUUGUUAGCAUCUUAACCAAGCGGUUAAAGGAUGCUCAGGCGAGCUGGCAUGGAGGCUUUGCUGUUGCGCGGGCGGCUGUCUUGCUAGAGCUGCCGCAGACGUUUCAGAUUUUGCUUUCCAGGGGGGUGGCUGACCCGUUCAAGUUGGGGGGGGUCCUUGUGGCGGAUAUGCUCGUGCUCAAUAGGAACGAGAUGCUGCAGCAGGUCAAGCAGAAGAUUGGGGAAGGAAAGAUACGGGGAGGAACUUCAAAUUACCAGGAAACUGAUCUAUGGUGGAAUGACAUGAGGUCUGUUGUAAAGUGGUGGAUGGAGACCCCGGCGGAAGAGCCGAUGAGAGUUCUGGCUGCCGCUGAAUCUGUGGAGGCGCAGAAGAGAGCUUCAGUGCAAUUAAGCGAGGCAGAAACGGAGAGCGUCAUGGCAAACGAGUCUGCACCAGAGUUUGAAACAGGGAGCGACUCUGAUGAAGAUUGCGGAGCUGAAGACACAAGUAGCAAGGAAAGUUUCAGCUAUGAGUCGGAUGACAAGAUGCUGUCAGCAUUCCAAAGCUUCGUGCAGUUCACGCGGGGAGUCAUGCACGUGGGGUCGGAAUUUGAGGAGCAGCUAUCGCGUUAUGAAAUAGGGGACAAGAUCUUAUGGGACGGUAUCGGCCGAUUUGCGGACCGGGACUGCAUGAAACAUCUCGCUCACGCAGUCCUCUCAGGAUGCAAAGCGGGCGUGCCAGAGUCUUUCUUGAGGAACCUGCUCACCAUUCUUCCCAAGCGGGAGAAGAACACCGCCUGGAAGGAGCAGCUUUUGACUGUCAUCCGAGCAGAAGUGGUGGAGUCGGGGCUCGAACCCCGGGCACUCGACGCCCUCGAAACCGCGCUGUGGAAAGAAGACUACACUCUGUGCUUGGAAAAGUUGCGCGCGUGGCGCGACCUAGACGGGGAGUCGCCGAACUGGGGGGCAUCGCACCUGGUCGCGCCACGUGUUAUCGAGCGGGCAGACGAGGCCGAUAUCGCCUUGGCGGUUUUGAUCGCUCAUAAGGACAAAAUGGUGGGGUUUGAAUCAGAGUUCUGCGGAUCGGAGUACGCUGCUUUGCCGGCUCUGCUGGAGAGCG